GAUCUUCCUCCUCCAGCUUAUUCAUUCCUCACCAGCCUCCAACGACUCCUCUACUUCAUGGUCUGUAGAUCUGCUCCAGAAUUUUUGAUAUUAUAAAGAAGAAAAUUUUAGGUGUUUGGACAUUCAAGUGAAGACUAAACAUAUUAUCUAAGAGUAAUCACAGGGAGUUUCGAAGGGAGAAGCUAGAGGCAUUUGAGUCUCCUCCCUAAGGUGGGUCAAAGCUUGCUCCUUGGGAGUGAGCAUAUAUAUAUAUAGCUCCUAAAGCCAGAAUUGCCUUUCUACGGAGCAACCAGGUAUCUGGAAUUGCUUUGUUCUAAGGCAAGUAGGACCCUUCAGAAGACAGGAAUGAGUGACCUCCGCAGGAAGGGAUGGUGGAAUGUGCCUGACUACUUCCACAGCCCACUGGUGUUUUACAUGAAAGAGGACCAGGAAGAUUACAUAUUUGGCCCUGAUGAUGAAUACCUUCACACCCUGGAGGUCCACAGCAACACCCUCAUCCAGCUGGAGAGAUGGUUCACACCCGCAGGCCAAACCCGAGUCACUGUGGUGGGGCCACUUAAGGCAAGGCUGUGGGUGAUGGACAUGAUCAGAAAAGUGGGGAGUAAGAACACUUUGGAGAAAAUUAAAGGCAAGAUGAUGCUACUACAGAUCCGGGAUCAUCCUCUGAGGGAGCGAGACCUGGAGCUUCAUCCGGAAUCAGGGAGAAGUCUUUGGAUUACCACAAUGAAUGAUAUGACUUUUGUGGAAAUUCCUCACUUCUCGAGGUUUCCGUUGACAGUCGCUUGGUUGUUUUGUGGUUUUGUUAGAAUUCUUGGUAUUCAUAACUUUGCAGACCUCCAAUGGUAAAUGCUUUGGAAAAGCA